AUGGCUGCCGCAGACGUCCGCUUCAAAUUGAACACUGGCGCCGAGAUCCCCGCGCUGGGCCUGGGUACAUGGCAGUCCGCCCCCGGUGAGGUCGCUCGCGCGGUCUACCACGCCAUCAAGGUCGGAUAUCGCCACAUUGACGGAGCCAUGUGCUACGGUAAUGAGAACGAGGUCGGCCAAGGAAUUAAGCAGGCGAUUGACGAGGGUAUCGUCACGCGCGAGGACCUCUUUGUGACCACCAAGCUGUGGUGCACCUAUCACGCUCGUGUCCAGGAGGGAUUGGACGAGUCUCUUCAGAACCUGGGCCUUGACUAUGUGGACUUGUAUCUGAUGCACUGGCCCUUGGCCAUGAACCCGAAUGGAAACCACCCCAUGUUCCCCAAGCUUGAAGACGGCUCGCGAGACAUUGUCCACGACCAUAGCCACGUCACCACCUGGAAGAGCAUGGAGAAACUUGUCGGCUCCGGCAAAGUGCGCGCCAUCGGCGUCUCCAACUACAGCGUCAAGUAUCUCGAGGAACUCCUGCCCCAAGCUACCGUUGUCCCCGCCGCCAACCAGAUCGAGAACCACCCGUCCCUGCCCCAGCAGGAGAUUGUCGACUUCUGCAAGCAAAAGGGAAUCCACAUCACCGCGUACAGCCCCCUCGGCAGCACCGGUAACGUCUUGUUCAAAGCCAAGCCCAUCGUCGAGGUUUCGGAGAAGCGUGGUGUCUCCCCGGCUUCUAUUUUGUUGAGCUGGCACAUUGCCCGAGGAUCCUCUGUCCUGGCCAAGUCCGUCAACCCCGAUCGUAUCGAGGCCAACCGCAAGGACCUGAUCCACCUGGACUCGGAAGACAUGGCCACCAUUCAAAAGUACAUUGACGAAUUGGCCGCCACCAACUCCUUCCAGCGUCUUGUCUUCCCCCCCUUCGGCAAGACCUUUGGAUUCCCCGACAAGGAGUAA